AUGGCACUUGAGGGACCGGCGUUUACGGCACGAAGGGCGGAGUUCGAAGGGACCUGUCGGAAUGCUAAUGGUUGGGGUCCCAGGGGCGAAUUCUUCAAAGUCGCCGACGCUUUUGUGUUUGGACCAAUGUGCAUGACAACUGUGUUAAUGUCCAUUGACCCUACCAACUUUCCAUAUGAAACGUGGCGCCUUAGCAC